AUGAUUCUGUACAAACUCGUCGUUCUUGGUGAUGGUGGUGUCGGAAAGACCGCCCUCACUAUCCAGCUGUGCUUGAACCACUUCGUGGAGACCUACGACCCGACAAUUGAAGACUCCUACCGCAAGCAGGUUGUCAUCGACGACCAGCCCUGUGUUUUGGAGGUGCUCGACACAGCCGGCCAGGAAGAGUACACGGCGCUGCGUGACCAGUGGAUUCGAGAUGGCGAGGGCUUCCUGCUUGUGUACUCGAUCACAUCGCGGUCCACAUUCGAGCGUGUCGAGCGAUUCAGAGACCAGAUCAUCCGCGUGAAGGACCAGGACAACGUGCCCAUGAUGCUUGUCGGCAACAAGUGCGAUAAGGCUCAGGAGCGCGAGGUCUCUUUCCAGGAGGGCCAGGCGAUGGCACGUCGUCUUGGAUGCGACUUUGUCGAGUCUUCGGCCAAGACAUGCAUUAACGUUGAGAAGGCCUUCUACACGACCGUGCGGAUGAUCCGGCAAUUGCGCGAGAAGCGGUCAGGCGGGCGCAACCAGGCCGCGGGCAACAGCAGCAUAGCGCGAGAGAAGAGAAGAAAUAGAUGCUUGGUUCUCUAA